AUGAAGGUUACCGCCGCUCUUUUCAUGCUCGCCGGCACCGGCAUGGCCGCCCCCGUCCCGGAGCCCAUGCCGAUGCCCGCUCCUCCUGGUAUUCCCACGGCCGCAAAUGCCAAGUCUCAGCUGGCUGCUCUGACUGUGCGUGCAUGGACCAACACGGACACAUACGACCGUGACCUUUUCCCCCACUGGUCAACCGUCUCUGGCACUUGCAACACCCGCGAGACGGUUCUCAAGCGCGACGGCACCAACGUCGUGACCAACUCGGCCUGCGCUUCCACCAGCGGCACCUGGGUGAGCCCUUACGAUGGAGCCACCUGGACGGCGGCCAGCGAUGUUGACAUUGACCACAUGGUCCCCUUGAAGAACGCCUGGGUUUCCGGUGCCGCAUCUUGGACCACCUCCAAGCGCGAGCAGUUCGCCAACGACCUCACUCGUCCCCAGCUGUGGGCGGUUACCGACUCAGUCAACCAGUCCAAGAGUGACAAGAGCCCUGACUCUUGGAAGCCUUCCGUAUCCAGCUUCCACUGCACCUAUGCCAAGUCUUGGGUGCAGGUCAAGAGCUACUGGGCUCUCUCCGUAACGUCGGCUGAGAAGACCGCGCUCACAACGAUGCUCAACACUUGCUAA